UUGUUUCUUAGUAUUACAAGUAUUUCACAGAAGAUUAACGAAAAAAUGAUUUGGAAAAUUAUAUUUUUGUUGUCGUGUUUUGACGUUUUAGUGAACGCUGGUCAACCUUCACCAUUUUUUGAAGAACCUCCAAGCCGGACCGUAGCAACGGUACCAUUUCGAACAUUACAAGAAUGGGCACCAACCUUACAAUUAACGCACAUUACAAAUUGGACUACUUUGCAACAUGAACCUGAUAAUGAUCAAAAAGAUGCCGCAGAGUUCGCAUUGAAAUCGAGUAAAUGUCCAACUAAUAUUAUAGAUAUGCUUGUUUGGAGAAGUCAGAUAAAUCAAUGGCCUGAUCAUUUAAAAAAUACAGCUGGAACUGGCCCUAACAUAGAUAAUAUAAGAACCUUGACAUGUAGACGUAUUCCAGGAGCACCAAUAGUAUACGUGGGCUAUCCUGACACAUCUAACGAUGUGGAAUAA